AAUAUUCGAUGUUAAUAACCUAGUUCGUUUACCGGUUUGUCUCCGCCUCCGAGUGCAUCUUUUAUUUCACCACGUGACGCCACCCGGGAAAACCCCUCAGGAAAUUGAGGAGCAUUUGUUCUGUAGGUCGCUGAACGACUUUAGUACGAGUGCUGAUAUCGUUUCUUUUACAUCCAAAGCAAAUUUCGGAAGCAAACCUCGACAAUUCGAAAACAGCAUGGAAAUGGAACGUUCAAGCGUUGAUCUAAUACUUCAACUAUUUGAUAUUGGGGCUGUUAAGUUUGGAUCAUUCAAGUUGAAGAGUGGGAUAACCUCGCCUGUAUAUUUUGAUCUCAGGGUUAUCAUUUCAUAUCCAGACAUUCUGAUUGCUGUUUGUGAAAUUAUGUGGAAACACAUUGAAUCGAAUCGAGAAAAAUUUAGAGUUAUUUGUGGAGUUCCAUAUACUGCCUUACCCAUUGCAACAGUUAUUUGUACUACAAAUAAAUUUCCUAUGGUGAUUCGUCGUAAAGAAGCGAAAGAUUAUGGAACAAUGAAAAUAAUUGAAGGAGUCUUUGAGCAAGGUAGUAAUUGUUUGAUAGUUGAGGAUGUAGUAACAAGUGGAUCAAGUGUUUGGGAAACAACUGUCUCAUUACAAGAUGCAGGACUCACUGUCACCGAUGCCAUUGUCUUACUUAACAGGCAACAAGGAGGACGGGAAAUGCUGGAAUCAAGAGGCAUUACUUUGCAUUCUAUAUUCACUCUUACGGAAGUUGUUACAUGUUUAAAUAAAGAGAAAAAGAUUUCUGAUAGCAUGGUAUCAGAGGUCAAAGACUUCAUUGCAAAUAAUAAUACCUUCACACCAAACCCAAACAUGGAUGUUAAAUUAAGAAGAAAAAGCCAAGAAGAUGCCACUGUGAAAAGUUACAGAAGUUCAAUACCUGACAUUGAACAAGUCACAUAUGAAUCCCGUGGUGUGCUUUGCAAAAAUGAAGUAGCUGCAAGAAUCUUCCGUAUCAUACAUGAUAAGCAAACUAACUUGUGUUUAUCAGGUGAUGUCGACAGUGCAGUGGAAUUGCUUGAAAUUGCUGAUGUUUGUGGUCCUCACAUCUGCAUAUUGAAGACUCAUAUUGAUAUUAUUGAUCACUUGACACCAAAUAUCAGCAAAGCAUUGACUGAAUUGUCAAAAAAACACAAUUUUAUUAUUUUUGAAGAUAGAAAAUUUGCAGAUAUUGGAAGCACAGUCAGGCAACAAUAUUCUGCCGGGAGCUAUUCAAUAUCAGAAUGGGCCGACUUAACAAAUGCACACAGCUUGCCUGGGCCUGGUGUGAUCGAAGGUUUAAAAGCAGCCGUACAGAAUCGUAAAGACCGUGCAUGUCUUCUGAUUGCUGAAAUGAGUUCAAAGGGAAAUCUAGCUGAUGCAAAUUACACUAAAGCAACUGUGAAAAUGGCCGAAGAUCAUCGUGAUUUUGUAAUCGGUUUUGUUUCAACUUCAAAAGUUACAACUGAUCCUACUUUCCUGCACAUGACCCCUGGUGUGAAACUUCAGCCAGGAGAUGGUCAACUGGGACAACAAUAUCUCACACCUGAUGAAGUUAUCUGUAAACGAAAAUGCGACAUUAUUAUUGUAGGAAGAGGAAUUACUCUUGCAGCAAACAGACUCCAAGCAGCUAUAGAGUAUAAAAAUGCUGGAUGGAAGGCUUAUUUGGACAGAGUAAAUGCGUAAAGUAUUACCGGUACCUCCCCCUUGACUUCGUAUUUUUUCAGGCUAUGCCAGUAAUUCCUAUUGAUUUGCUUAUAAGAGAUACAAAAUUUAAAGCGAAAAUGUACAUUUUUACACCGAAUUAUGCAUUGCUGUAUCAGAUUGCAAUGGUAUACUAAGUUUAUUCUGUCUUAAGUCACAGUAAAUUGCUAAACUUGUUGAAAUUACCUAUCUGUUGGUCUUCCAUUUUGGAAUUUUGUACCGGUCUUUAAAAUUCUGGCUGUAUCAUCGCCUUCUGGCGCCAAUUUGCAAAGGCGUGCUGAAAUUCCACUGUUUAUGUUUUGAAUUACUAUAUUGUGCUACGUUAUAAUUCGAUUACGGUUUAACUUCAAAAUCUGGUAUUUCACUAAUCGCAUUCAAAGCCUGUUGAAAACAUUAUUGUUUUUUAAAUUUUGAAGAUUGCUUACCUGGAUUUUGUCAUUAAUUACACAUUUUUCCAUUUAAAAAACUCAAUGUUACAACUUUCAAACUUAAAAACAGGAAAGUGUAAAUGCUAGACCUGACAUGGGUAAACUACGGCCGCGGGCCAAAUUUGGCCCGUCGGGUAAUUCAAUCUGGCCUGCCUGAUGCUGCCACAACCAAACUAAAACCAAAUUUUGAUGUUUUAGUUAAAAAUAACUCAAGGAUUUGUUGAAAUUGCAUUUAAAUUUAGUUUCGGCAUUAGCCCUAUUGUUUUCCACUUUUGUUUUUGUAACACUGUAAAUAUUGUUCAUAAAAAGUGUAACUUUUACGUCACACUUACAUGUCCUGCCAGUCUGGAUGGGCAGAAUUCCUGAUCCCUGCUUCAAAAACCUUGCCAGCCUCUGAGCUAGACCCAUAAUAAUUAUCCAAUGUAUUUGCGUUAUUUUUCACUGCUUUGCCACAGCAACAUGAGCAUGUAUAACUGCUAUGCUUAAUCACUGUUGUGUUAUAUGUCACUGCCUUAGUUAAUAUUAGCAUUCCUAUAAACAAAUUUUUUGAUGGCAUUUUUUAAAAUACUCAUUGCUGUGUUUGCUUUACCUUACGCCCGUGCUACUCCAAGCAUAUAAUCUGUAUAAUAAUUUACCUAAUUCAAACAUAGGUAGUUUCAAAUUUUUGAAGACAAACUUCCAGACAUCUUGUAUUAGCAUUUAAUGGACAAAAGCUGGAAAUGGUACAUAAUUUGUUUUCUCCUGACAUAUAUGGCAUUGAAAAUGGAUAUAUGUGGCAGAAGACCCUUAUGUAUUUUGCCUACAUUUACCAUGAUUGCGUUGUAAAUGCCUUCUUCAUUUGGUUGAUCAGAAAAUGAUAUUGUCAGUAUUAUCAAUAGAUGAAUCUUCAAGUGGGUACACUAAAAAGCAUUUACCUGUCGAUUUUCUAUUCAUUGUUCAUACUUUUACCAUUCUUUCGUCAUAAUAGCAGAAAUGGAUGUUAUCUUUGUAAAAGGCACAGUACCUGCCUAACAGUAUGAGAAAAUAAUAAACACUGAUGCAUAUUGUGGACCAGAAAUGUCAUUCAGUUGCAUGCGUACUUGUCAAAUACUUUCCGUUCGCUUAUAUUUAAAGUCAUUAAUCCGAUUUAUAUUAGUUAACAUGUGCCAGCGAAUAAUUUUUUUGCCCCGCUGAUUUGUUAUUUUGGUGUUUAUUGCGUUCUCCAAACCCCUUUUCAGCAAUAAAAUUGUCUCCUUGAAUUUGACGAAACAUUGUUCUUAUCGUUAAG